AUGAGCACAGCAAGCUUGGUGCUCCUGAGCCUCGCACUGAGCACUGGGGUCACCGUGGCUAAGUCAGAAGGAAGCAGCCUUUGUCUAAAGAGCCAGGUGUUCUUCAGAGAUGCUUGCUAUGAGUUUGUGCCGCUGGAACACACCUUCCACGGUGCCCAGGGCUGGUGUGAAGGGCACGGAGGCCAUCUGGCCUUCAUUCCUGAUGAAGAUACCCAGCAGUUCCUGCAGAGACACAUUACCCAGGACAGAGAGUGGUGGAUCGGACUCACCGGAGGCUCAGCGCACAAUGGCACUGCGGGAGGCUCUUGGACCUGGCUGGACACCUCAAAUGUGAACUACAGCAACUGGCAAGAAGGGCAGACCACACCUGCCCCAGGGACCUGCGGUUACAUCAGGAGUGGUCCUUUGUCUCAGUGGGCUACCCUAGAGGAUUGCACACAGACCUUUGCCUUCAUCUGCGAGUCUGGGGUUGGCCGCAGUCUGGCUUGUGAGGGCCACAACGCCACCAUGCACUGUGACUCAGGAGAGGUCAUUCUGGUCCAGAAUGCUUUCUAUGGGCGCCAGACCCCCUAUUUGUGCACCCGGGGAGUCUGGCCUCCCUCAGACCUGGAGGGAGAAUGUGUCUGGGUCAGCGUCAAGGAUGAGGUGGCAGGCCAGUGUCAGGGGCUGCAGGCAUGCCAGGUUGCGGCAGAUGGAACCUACUUUGGAGAUCCAUGCCCCACCAGGGGCAGCUACCUGUGGGUACAGUACCAGUGUCUGGAAGGCCUGCGGCUGGUGGUACCGAACGAGAGCUUCAUCUUUGACAAUGUCACCAUCUCCCUAAUGUGGCUCCUUUCUCCCUACACUGGAAACCUGUCCUGUGUACUCAGCAUGGGAGAUGGCCAUACUUUCGACCCCUACUACCCUCCCAGUGUGUCGAGCAACGUGACCCACCAGUUCAGCUCUCCUGGGGAGUUCACAGUGUUUGCUGAGUGUACGACCAGCGAGUGGCACGUGACCGCUCAGAAGCAAGUGGUACUUCGAGAGAAGAUGGAGACGCCCCGUGUCACUGGGUGCUCUGGCCUCUCUGGAUCUGGAGCCGGCCUUCUCUGUCAGGCUGUCUUUGGGGAACCCCUGUGGAUUCAGGUGGAUCUGGACGGAGGAGCCGGGGCGACUUAUGCUGUGCUUUCGGGUAAUAGAACUCUGGCCGAAUUCACCACCCCUAGGGGCUCACAGCUUCACAAUCUGACCCUGGGCAGAGACAUUCAGGAGCUGCUGGGCCCUGGGAGGCACCACCUGAAGAUCCAGGCUGUCAGCAACAGCACUGCCUCCACCCCCUCUGGAAAUGUCACUGUCCACCUUGUGGAGCUGCUGUCGGGGCUGCGGGCCUCCUGGGCGUCUGACCACGUGGAGCUUGGGUGGGAAUUGUUGGUCAAUGUCUCAGUGGCUCGUGGUACCCUGGAGGAGCUGACCUUCGAGGUGGCAGGACUCAACGCAAACUUCUCCCAGAAGGAAGAGAGUGUUGGGCAGACAUCUGGAAACUUCCAUGUGGCAGUUCCUGCUGAAGGCACCUUCCUGGUCACUGUGCAUGUGCGGAACGCCUUCUCAGAACUGAGUCUGGACAUCGGGAAUGUCACUGUCACAGUCCCUUCCAGCUUCCAGGAACCGUCUGGAAUAAAUGCUGAAAGAAAGUCCGGUCACAAAUGGGACACGAAGGUGUUCUCUGAGCCUGAACUGUACGUGGACCCUUUCACAGAAGUCACACUGGGCUGGCCGGAUGAUGACCCGGGCUUGGACUUCCACUGGUCCUGUGGACGUUGCUGGGCUCAGUGGAACGCCUGUGUGGAGAGCCGACUGCUCCGCACAGACCAGAGGCUGCUGGUGCUUCAUACCUUCUGUCUGCCACCGCUCAACUCUGCUGUCACGCUGCAUUUGGCUACCCUAAGGGGCCAAGAGCUGGAGAAAGAGACAGAACAGUGCCUGUACGUGUCUGCUCCCCUGGACCUUGGGCCUCAAAUCAGCUGUCAGAAGAACUGCCGGCCAGUGAAAGCCGACCAGGACAUUCUGCUCACCGUCACCGUGGGCGAUGAAACCCCGGUGGCCGUAUUCAACUGGUACUUAGAUGACAUCUCACCAGAGAAGGCUGAGCCCCUGCCAGCUGCCUGCAGACUCAGAGGAUUUUGGCCACGAUCACUGACCCUCCUUUACAGCAACUCCUCCCUGCUGCUGCUGAACGGCAGCUUCCUGCAGACCUGGGGACCUGCUAUUCACAUCCGGGUCACAGCACUGACCAGCCACGCCUACGGGGAGGACACUUACGUGAUCAGCAUGCUGCCUCCACCUGAGGCGCCCGCCUGCGUGAUUGACCCAGAGGAAGGCUCCAUACUGACGAGCUUUGCUAUCUUCUGCAGCGCCUCCACAGCCCCGGGCCCCAUGGAGUACUGUUUCUGCCUGCAGUCAGGUUCCUGCCUCCACUGUGGCCCCGAACCAGCCAUCCCCGCUGUGUACCUGCCACUUGGAGAAGAAAAGGAUGGCUUUGUCUUGACAGUGGUCAUCUCGGUCACCAAUCAGGCAGGGGACAGAGAGCAGACCCAAGUGGCAGUUAAGGUGGGACCCGGUGACAUGGGUGUUGAAGAUGUGACAUUCCAAGAGAAUGUGUCAGAGAGAAUCGCCACAGCUCUGCACCAUGAGCAUGGCCGUGAACGGCUUCUCCUGUUUGCCAAGGCUGUGUCCUCUGUACUCAAUGUGGAGGAGCAGAGACCAGGUUCUGGGCAACUUAGAAUGGACAUCAAGCGGAAAGUCAGAGAGCUUGUGCUGAGAUCACUGUCCACGGUCACCACUGGCCUGGAGAACAUGCAGAAGGUCCAGGCUCUGGCUGAGGUGCUGAGACAGGUGACUCACCGCAGUGAGGACCUCACACCUGUGGCCCAGUGGGAAGCCAGCCAGGCUCUCCAGCAUGCCACUGAAGCCCUGUUGACAGCCAGUAUCAAGGUUCGUCCUGAGGAUCAGAGACGCCAGGAAGCCACCAGGGCCAUGUUUGAGGCUGUGGGGAGUGUUCUGGAAGCUUCCCUCAGCCAUGGAUCAGAAGAGCCUAUGGAGGCCAACAGCAGCCAGGCUCACACUGUGGCCCAGCUGCUUCGGGUCAUAGACCAUUUGCAGAGUGCCCUCCUGCUGGGGACAUUGCCAGGAGGCCUUCCAACCAUCCUGGCCACCCCCUCCAUCUCUGUGUACACAGACAGAAUACAGCCACGGAGUUGGCGAGGUUCUUCGGUGCACACUGCUGCCACUGACUCUGUGACCUUCACACUGCCUGCAGCUACCUUCCUGUGCCCUGUGGAGGACAGCCAGGAGCCUGUGGACAUAAGGAUGAUGAGUUUCUCACAGAACCCCUUCCCUUCCCGAAGCCAAUUUGAUGUCAGCGGAACGGUUGGUGGACUUCGUCUGACCAGCUCAAGGGGCCAUCCCAUCCCAGUGAAGAACCUGUCCCAGAAUAUCGAGAUCCUGCUUCCCCGGAUUUCAGCACACAUCAAGCCAAAGAUGCUGAGCCUGGCCACCCGUGAAGCUCUGUUGGUGAAUGUGACGGCAAGGGACACAGCUCUGGGGAUCCAGCUGGACUGGAGACCUGGAGUCCCACUCACACUCUGCCUGGGCUAUGGCUACCAUCCCAAUGAGACCAGCUAUGAUGCCCAAACACACCUGCCUCCCGUAGCCGCCACAGGUGAUCUUCCCACAUGGAUCCUGCACCCAGAGGACCUGCCGUUUGGAGAAGGAAUCUACUAUUUGAGGGUGGUCCCCACGGAUGGUCUGGAGUCUCCCUCUGUCAGGAACCUCACAGUUGGCAUUACCACCUUCUUGGUGCAUUGUGUCUUCUGGGAUGAAACCCAGGAGACCUGGGACAACUCUGGGUGCCAGGUGGGCCCACGGACCACCACCUCCCAGACACACUGCCUUUGCAACCACCUCACCUUCUUCGGAAGCGCGUUCCUGGUGAUGCCAAAUGCCAUUGACGUCCACCAGACUGCCGAGCUCUUUGCUACCUUUAAGGACAACCCCGUGGUGGUUAGCACAGUGGGCUGCCUCUGCAUGGUCUAUGUGCUGGUGGUGAUCUGGGCCAGGAGAAAGGACAUACAGGAUCAGGCCAAGGUGAAAGUCAUAGUGCUGGAGGAUAAUGAUCCCUUUGCCCAAUAUCACUACCUAGUGACAGUCUACACCGGACACCGGCGAGGGGCAGCCACAUCUUCAAAGGUGACUCUCACCCUGUAUGGCUCGGAUGGAGAGAGUGAGCCCCACCACCUGUCCGACCCUGAUGCUGCAGUUUUUGAGCGAGGAGGGGUUGAUGUCUUCCUGCUUUCCACUCUGUUCCCCCUGGGAGAACUUCGGAGCCUCAGGCUGUGGCAUGACAACUCUGGGGACCGGCCAUCAUGGUAUGUGAGCCGGGUGCUGGUCUACGACUCUGUGGUGGACCGGAAAUGGUAUUUCCUCUGCAACUCGUGGCUGUCCAUCGAUGUUGGAGAUUGUGUCUUGGACAAGGUGUUUCCUGUGGCCACAGAGCAGGACAGGAAGCAGUUUAGUCACCUGUUUUUCACUAAAACCUCCACGGGCUUCCAGGAUGGACACAUCUGGUAUUCAGUCUUCUGCAACUCCACCCGGAGCAGCUUCACGCGUGUGCAGAGGGUGUCGUGUUGCUUCUCGAUGCUUCUCUGUACCAUGCUGACCAGCAUCAUGUUCUGGGGUGUUCCUAAGGACCCAGCUGAGCAGAAGAUGGACUUGGGCAAAAUUGAGUUCACUUGGCAGGAGGUGAUGAUUGGGUUGGAGAGCUCUGUCCUUAUGUUCCCCAUCAACCUCCUGAUUGUCCAGAUCUUUCGGAACACCCGACCUCGUCUCCUGAUGGAGAAGGAUGGGAGGCGGAAACAGAGACCCUCUUACCUGACACCCUCGCCACAGCCCACGGAGGAGGGAAUUUUGACACCUGAAACAGUGACCAAGGGUAUACAGAGUCUCCUCAGCUCACUGUUUAAAGCCCUGAAAUUGCCACCCCCUGCCUCAGGCUGGGACUCUGUGAACCCCGUAGACAUUAACUACCUCCUCGCUUUAAUGGAGGAUGUCAUCUGUCCAGAGAGCACAGCAGGACAGGGGUUCUGGGAGGAAGCCAAAGGGAGAGAGGACCCUUUCACCUUCACACAAGGGUCUGUUAAACCGAAAGAGAACACAUGGCACCCCAAGCCCAAACUGGUGGAGAGUGGCCUUUGGAAGGACAGCAUCUAUAGGUGGUGUCUCUACCUUCAGCUGGAGCGCGUAGAGAGGGAACUGCGGCUGCUGGGGCCCCAAGGCUUCCUGCAUCGUCACAGCCAGGCCCAGGCCCUCAGGCAGCUACACAUCCUGAAGGGUCACCUCUGGGGACAGCCUGGUACCCCGGCACUGGCAUAUCCCAGCACGCCUAGGGACAGAAAGUCCCCUCGUGGCCUGCCCUGGUGGUGUGUCCUGGUGGGCUGGCUCUUGGUGGCGACCACCAGCGGGGUGGCGGCCUUCUUCACGAUGCUGUAUGGCCUGCACUAUGGACGAGUCAGCUCCCUCAAGUGGCUUAUCUCCAUGGCUGUGUCCUUCGUGGAGAGUGUGUUCAUCACCCAGCCCCUGAAGGUGCUGGGCUUUGCUGCUUUCUUUGCGCUGGUCUUGAAGAGAGAGGAUGAUGAAGAGAUCCUGCCCUUACUUCCAGGACAUCUGUCUAGCCCAGGUCCUUAUGUCUUGUUCAGAUCACGAAGGCGCAGCAGCAAGCAUGCUUACCAGCCUCCUCCCAUGGCUGCCAUUGAGGAGAUGAAAACCACUCGUCUCAAGGAGCAGAAAGCAUUUGCUCUCAUCAGAGAAAUCCUGGCUUACCUGGGCUUCCUGUGGAUGCUACUGCUGAUGGCCUACAGGCAAAGGGACCCCAAUGCUUACCACUUCAACAGACAUCUGGAACAUAGCUUCACCCAAGGCUUUUCACCUCUCCUGGGCUUCCGAGGGUUCUUCGAAUGGGCCAACACCACCCUUGUGAAGAACCUAUAUGGUCAUCACCCAGGCUUUGUCACUGACGGGAACUCCAAGUUGGUUGGCAGUGCCCACAUUCGCCAAGUGAGGGUCCGGGAAAGCUCUUGUUCUGUUGCCCAGCAGUUACAGGCUUCUUUUGAUGGAUGCCAUGCGCCGUAUUCCCUGGAUGUGGAAGACCUGGCAGACUACGGAGAAGGCUGGAAUGCCUCUGCUCACAAUAACAGCCAUGCCUUCUCUCAGGUGUGGCAGUACCAGAGCCAGAAUCAACGCCAGGGUUAUCCCAUGUGGGGCAAACUUACCGUGUACAGGGGAGGAGGCUACGUGGUCCCCUUGGGGGUUGAUCACCAAAGUGCCUCAAGGAUUCUCCAGUACCUCUUUGACAACAGCUGGCUGGACACCCUGACCAGAGCAGUGUUUGUGGAGUUCACUGUCUACAACGCCAAUGUUAAUCUGUUCUGCUGUGUCACACUCACACUGGAGACCAGUGGCCUGGGUACCUUCUUCUCACAUGUGACCCUGCAGAGCCUGCGCCUGUACCCCUUCACGGAUGGCUGGCACCCCUUCGUGAUAGCAGCUGAGUUCAUUUACUUCCUCUUCCUCUUCUACUACAUGGUGGUGCAGGGCAAGCUCAUGAGGAAGCAGAAGUGGGGUUACUUUUGCAGCAAGUGGAAUCUUCUGGAAUUGGCCAUCAUCCUGGCCAGCUGGAGUGCCCUCAUGGUGUUUGUAAAAAGAACUAUCCUGGCAGAUCGUGACCUCCAGCGCUACCGGAAACACAGGGACAAGGGCAUCAGUUUCAGUGAGACAGCAGCGGCUGAUGCUGUGCUCGGUUACAUCAUAGCCUUCCUCGUCCUGCUGUCCACUGUGAAGCUUUGGCACCUGCUCAGGUUGAAUCCCAAAAUGAACAUGAUCACGGCAGCACUGCGCCGUGCCUGGGGUGACAUCUCAGGCUUCAUCACUGUCAUUCUUAUCAUGCUCCUGGCAUAUUCCAUUGUGUCAAAUUUAGCGUUUGGUUGGAAACUCCGUUCCUACAAAACCCUCUUUGACGCAGCAGAGACAAUGAUCAGCCUUCAGCUGGGGAUCUUCAACUAUGAAGAGGUCCUGGACUACAGCCCAAUCCUUGGCUGCCUCCUCAUUGGGUCCUGCAUAGUUUUUAUGACAUUUGUGGUACUGAAUCUGUUUAUCUCUGUCAUUCUGGUGGCCUUCAGCGAGGAACAAAAGUCUGACCAGCUGUCAGAGGAAGGAGAGAUUGCAGACUUGCUCUUGAUGAAAACCCUCAGCUUUCUGGGCAUCAGAUGUAAAAGGGACGAGACCCAGAGCAGCAGUGAGCAGCCAGAGUUGCCCUCCAAGGCUCUGUCCCCUCAGCCAGCAUAA